UGGACACUGGUGGGUGGCACUGGUGGGCACAGGUGGGUGGCACUGGUGGGCACAGGUGGAUGGGCACAGGUAGGUGGCACUUCUGGGCACAGGUGUGUGACACUGCUGGGUGGCACAGGUGGGUGCACUACUGGGCACAGGUGGGUGCACUGCUGGGCACAGGUGGGUGGAACUUGUGGGUGGCACUGCUGGGCACCAAUCAUCAGGGCACUGAUCAUCAGUGCCCUGAUGAUCGGUGCCAAUCCCUGCUCUAACAACUGCCAGUUCUCGGCAGUACUUUCCUCACGAUCUGACAGCGUGAGGAAAGUGCAGCCGAGAACCGGCAAUUGCAU